CUUACCUAAAGGUCCACUAAUUAGUCUGUUAUAGAACCAAUUCACCAAUGGAUUAAUAUUGUAAUUGAUCAAGUCACAGUCAACAACUGGUUUCUUAUUCCCUUAGCCAGCAGAAUUGGACUCCAUCAAGAUUCCACACUCAUCAAAACGUGCCUAUAUAAACUCAAAACACCAUUAACAAACCCCUCAAUCAAAACUCACCAUAAUAAUAACUUUUGUGCACUAUUUCAAAUAUUUGCACAAAUAUACAAAAUGGAUUUCUUCUACGUUUCAAUCCUUAGUAGUCUCCUUGCAGUCUUUGUUGCAUUCCUCUUGUACAAGAACAAGUCAGGCUCUUCGGCCGGCCGCCUACCGCCGGGGAAAACCGGGUUCCCGGUGAUCGGAGAAAGCUAUGAGUUCCUCUCAACUGGAUGGAAAGGUUAUCCUGAAAAGUUCAUCUUUGACAGGAUGACCAAAUAUUCAUCCCAAGUUUUCAGGACUCAUUUAUUAGGCGAAAAAGCCGCUGUUUUCUGCGGCGCAACCGGGAACAAAUUCCUGUUUUCCAACGAAAACAAGCUUGUUCAAGCAUGGUGGCCUAAAUCAGUAGACAAAGUUUUCCCUUCAUCCAGCCAGAGUUCAUCAAAAGAAGAAGCCAUCAAGAUGAGAAAAAUGCUUCCAAAUUUCCUGAAACCCGAAGCGUUGCAGCGCUACAUCGGCGUCAUGGAUUACAUUGCCGGAAAACAUUUCUCCUCCAACUGGGAAAAUCAGGACAAAGUCGAAGUCUUCCCACUCUGCAAGAACUACACUUUCUGGAUUGCGGCCAGGUUAUUUGUCAGUGUUGAGGAUCCAGCUGAAGUUGCCAAAUUGCUUGAACCUUUCAAUGUUUUGGCAUCCGGGCUGAUUUCAGUUCCGGUGGAUUUGCCCGGAACGCCAUUUAACAAGGCAAUUAAGGCAUCAAAUCAGAUCAGGAAGCAGCUCUUGGAAAUCAUAAAACAGAGGAAAAUUGAUUUGGCUGAGGGGAAAGCAUCUCCUACUCAAGAUAUUAUGUCACACAUGUUGACAACAAGUGAUGAAGAUGGGAAUUUCAUGGAUGAAGCAAAUGUUGCUGACAAAAUUCUUGGGUUGUUGAUUGGUGGACAUGAUACUGCUAGCUCUGCAUGCACUUUCAUUGUCAAGUAUUUAGCUGAGUUGCCUGAAAUCUAUGAAGGUGUCUACAAAGAACAAAUGGAAAUUGCAAAAUCAAAAGCACCCGGUGAACUAUUGAACUGGGAAGACAUCAAGAACAUGAAGUAUUCAUGGAACGUAGCUUGCGAAGUGCUAAGACUUGCACCACCACUUCAAGGAGCAUUUAGGGAAGCCCUUAACGACUUCAUCUUCAAUGGAUUUUCCAUCCCUAAAGGAUGGAAAAUUUAUUGGAGCGCGAAUUCGACGCACAGGAACCCGGAAUGUUUCCCGGAGCCCUUGAAAUUUGACCCGUCGAGGUUUGAAGGGUCGGGUCCUGCCCCGUAUACGUUUGUUCCGUUUGGAGGCGGGCCCCGAAUGUGCCCCGGAAAAGAGUACGCCCGGUUGGAGAUUCUGGUGUUCAUGCAUCAUUUGGUGAAGAGGUUCAAGUGGGAAAAAAUUAUUGCUGAUGAGAAAAUUGUUGUUGAUCCAAUGCCAAUCCCAGCUAAGGGUCUUCCAGUUCGUCUCUUUGCACACAAAUAAGAAGAAGAAGAAGAAGAAGAAUUUGUUAAAGAGAUUAUUAUUUCUGGCUUCCCACAAUAAUUAAUUUAAUUAUAUGCCUUUUGAUUUGAUUGAAGUUUUGUUGUUGGAGUUUUUAUUUUACUGCAAAUUUAAUAUUCUUAACUUCCCAGUGUAUAUACACAAUUAGUUAUUGCGUCAAAGUUCGAAGAUGAAAUGUACUUUUUUUAUCCACAGCCGUUGAAAUAUUUUUGGUGCACUAUUAAGUAUUAAGUACAUGUUUGCUACGUGUUUGAGAAAGCUAAAAUCAUCACACUUUUUAAUUACUACUAUCUUUUCCCUUCGUACUAAAGGUCUAACCAA